UAUUCUUUGCUAUAGCGUCGAAAGCUUGUACUGUUUCUCUAGAUUGUAUCACGUGCUUCAUCACGUGCAUUACAUUACGUGGUUAAGCAAUGAAUGCACAGUCUUAAGAAUGUUUUUCUAUUUUGGUGAAGUCUUUCUCCUUAUUUCUACGUUUUGAUAUGCUACCUUACACAAGAAAACGCUUUGGUUAACGCUUAUAACAUAAACGUUACUUUAUUAUUUACACGAACCAUGUCCAAUUUACGAGCCAUGUCCAAAUUGUUGUUUGUUUGAUGCACUGCUACAGUUCAUAAACCUCUAUAGAAAUGGACAAUGCUGUGCCGUGGAGUUGUUGCUGCUCGAAGCUUCGCCUCCUGUUUACGUUCAAGGAUUGUCUGCUCGCUCAAGGAAUCUUUUGGUUUCAUCGACAGAGCUGACAAAGUGAACGAGGUAAAGAAGUUGCAGUCUCAGUGGAGCGUCUACCAGAAGGUACAGUGAAGUUUGAUGAUGUGAGCAAAGACACAUUUCAAGGCACCAUCGAGAAAGUACAUUGUCGGACAAAAAGACAGGAACCGUUAAAUGGUGUGAUAUUGUACAACACAAGCAAUGGUAGUUCACAGCUGCCAUAUUGGGAGAAAGAUGUCUUGGGGGAGUUCACCGUCUUGACUUGGGAUGUUGUUGGUUUUAAAAUUGCUACAGCCACUCAGUCAAGCGAUACAUCUCUCUUCUUUUCGUGCAGAUCGGCGUGAUUCUUUAAGAAGAGCAACGGAAAUUCAUCUCAUCAAGGAAGUGGAAAGCAGCAAUGGAUGCAAUGUCAGAGAAAGAGAAAAAAUCUCAAACCUCAGAGAUUGGAUGUUGUGUGUUCAUUAAAGUGUUAUAGCUGUACGUAUUGUAUGUGGGUCAAAUAAAGCGUCAUUUUCACAUCGGAUUUUCGGAGCACAUGAGAAUAUAUCCAUUUGAAGACGUAUUUCUGCAGUUGCCUUAUUGUGUGCGUUUUUCAAACAAAGACGUAAAGACAAUAAAAGAACAAAAGCACUUGAAGUCAUUAACCUGUUUUGCCGUGUUCACCCAGUUUAGAUGCAUUAAUUUUGCUUCGGCGCUUUGUCUAAACAGAGACGUAUUUCUGCAGUUGCCUUAUUGUGUGCGUUUUUCAAACAAAGACGUAAAGACAAUAAAAGAACAAAAGGUUUAUUGCUUCAGUCGCCUUAUUGUGUCCGCUUUUCAAUUAAUAAAAGAACAAAGCGCUAUCCACAAAAAGGCAUUUUUUCAUCGUUCAACAUAUCUCUUGAAACACAAAAAGUUGAAAUUUAUAUUGAACAGAAGCUUUACUGUAUAUCCUUGGAUCUAUGCAAUGAUGAGUUUAAUGAUAUGGUGGUUAUUGUGGCUGUUAUUUGGUCAAGGAUUCACAAUGAAAAUGGGUUGGAAUGAAGAACUUGAGUUUUGUGAGGAAGAGUGGAAGAAAUUUGUGGCGGACAAAAUUGAAAUCGAUUCGAAAUGCUUUACUCGUAGACAAAAUCGUACACAACAAACUCGUACACGUUGUUGUGUUGAGGAGAAGAAAUAUCUUUUGGAGCGAUUUAAAAUGUUUAGUGAGAUAUGUCCUCUUGAAGGGACAUGUGGAUGCAGCCCGAUUAUUUUAAACUUUACUGUUUUGUCACACGACGAUUAUGGUCAUUAUCCUCCUUUAAUAAAAGCAUUAUUCGAAAAAUGGAAAGAACCAGACUACUUCACGUGUUCACAUAAGUACAUAAUUGAAAUAAUAGAACGUUCUUAUUCUACACGUUAUACUAGCUUUGGAAAAUACGAAAACCCUUACAAGUAUGUUUUAUACGGUGGAAAAAGUCACACUUGUUAUGUUCUCAUGAACAUGAACCUAAAACGACCAGAUACGAAUGGAUUUUUCAUCAAACAUGUUCAGUCAGGAAAGUGUGUUGGGAGUUUUUUUCCCUUUUUCUACCUGUAUACCAAGAAUUGUUUUGAGGAGACAGCUUAUUUUAAAUUUUUACAAUCUGGCUCCAUCAAUAGGUCGAAUAAAACAAGGUGUCUUGUGGGAUACCGAAGUUUUGUGGUGUUAUCUGAUGGAAAUAUUAAUGGAGAAUGUGGAUCCAUCAAUGCCAUAACCCAAACAAAUUGGGGUGGUCUAUUUUAUUCACGCUUUAAUAAAUGUAUAGUAGCACAGCCCCACUUGCAACUUGUCAGUUGUAAAAAUGAAGAAGAUCAGCGAUUCAAUUUCGGCUCAGUAACAUGUGAUGGAAAAAAUAUAUCGGACGUUAGUUGUUCUAAUAAUCAAUAUAUGGUGAUAAAAGUUGCAGAAUAUCGUGGAUUGAGAAAAGGAAGCAUUUGUAGCUCAUUUCUUGAUUACAAUUGUAGUGUCGAUGUAACAUGUGACCUUAAAAAUUACUGUGAUGGUGAAAGAAAAUGUAAUGUAACUGUUGAUGAUAAUCAUUUCCCUUCAAAUAUUUGUCCUGGUUUGGAGAAAUAUCUUUACUUUGAAUAUCAAUGUAACUACACAAGUAUGCCAUACAGAAAAAUUUGCAAUCGUAAGUAUUAUAUGGGCAGAUUAUAUUUUGCUUAUUAUUAAAGAGCUUCGGGACAAGUUUUGACCUUAAUGCGCAAUGGUAUGGUGCUCAUUUUAUACUAUGUACGUUAUCAAUUUAGAAAAGUUGACACAAAUUUGAAUUUUCGUCGGGUGUCUUCACCAGGCGUGGUUUGUUUAUGCAGUUUUA